UUCCUUCUUCGCCUGCUACCGUCCGAUCGAUCAUUUCUUCCACACUAACGACAUCGUUUUCACUCUCAAAUCACUCUUCUUAACCUCAAAAAUUAGUUCCAUUUUCACAUCUCCCAGCACAAUUCUCUGUUGUUCCAAAAUUUUAAAAGUGAAUAUUUUCACUUUCACAGAAAAUCGGGGAUGGCUACCAUGUAAUGCUCAUGUCAAAAAGCAUUAUGGUCAAGUAAGGAACCUACUAAAGUAUAGAUUGAAAUGAAUUGUAGCUGCUUUGGUGCCUCAACUCAGCGUGAAGAUACACGAGAUACGGGAGGUUGCUCCACUACAAAGACAAAGAAAUUUUCAUAUAGUGAAUUACGAAAAGCAACCAACAACUUCCACCAAAGUAAUAAAAUAGGGCGAGGAGGUUUUGGGACAGUAUACAAGGGAACUCUAAGAAGUGGAAUAGAAGUUGCUGUGAAACCGCUUUCUGCUGAAUCGAGGCAGGGGUUGCAUGAGUUUUUGACCGAGAUUGAAACCAUAUCAGAUGUCACACAUCCCAAUCUGGUUGAGUUGAUUGGAUACUGUCUUGAUGGAAAUAACCGGAUCUUGGUCUAUGAAUAUUUAGAAAAUACGAGCCUUGAUCGAGCACUUUUUGGUUCCGGGACUAGGAAUGUUCAAUUAGAUUGGGAGACAAGGGCUGCUAUUUGCUUGGGUACUGCUACAGGUCUUGCUUAUCUACAUGAAGAACUAGUGCCGCAUAUAGUGCACCGGGACAUCAAAGCUAGUAAUAUACUGCUUGAUAAGGAUUAUAAACCAAAAAUUGGAGAUUUUGGACUGGCAAAGCUUUUUCCAGACAAUAUCACUCACAUCACCACACAGAUAAAAGGAACUACUGGCUAUCUGGCACCCGAAUAUGUAAUGGGCCGUCAAUUAACGGCCAAGGCUGAUGUUUACAGUUUUGGGGUCCUAAUACUUGAAACAGUUAGUGGCAGGAGUAGUGGCAGUGGUACAUGGCAAGGGCAGAAGUUACUCCUGGAAUCGGUGGGUAGAAUUUUCAGCUUCCUUGAUUUCUUUCUAGAUCUACCAUUCUGUUUCCCAAUAGAAUCAACAGUUUAUUGCAUGAGGUUGUUUACUUGCAUUUGCUACUAGUAUUUGCGUAUACUGAUUAUUGUUAUUUAAAAUAUGAAAAUUCCCAGGCA